AUAUGGAUUAGUGAUAUACAACUUAGAUUGUGCACAUCUCAGAGCACUCUUCUUCCAUAAUCACAAAGUUUUGGACACUGCCAAGAUAAAAUUUCCCAGUUCGUAAGCAACUUGCCAACUUAUUUCCCCUCAGGAAUCGCCGAUGUCCGACAGCCCUGGUAUUUUCUUUGACUCAUUGACGAUUUCGAGCUCGGUGGACGAUGAAGUGACCAAGGGGACCAAGUUGCAUCUGCCCAGCUACGCCGAUCGAUACACGGACAUCCCUCGUCUCAUCCGCUUGAAGUUCAUAGCCCAGGUGUGUCCGCAACUGAGGGUUCCUGCCCUCGAACUGGCCAUCGAUCAUGUGAAGACCACUUACAAUGUCAAGCUGUACGACGAGCUCUACAAGACGCUCUGUGUUGAGGUGGACAGGAAUUCUCUUAAACGGCUGGAGGCGAACGGAGAAGAGUGUCGUGCCCCAAAUGGCAACGAGGCCAGCACUUCGAGUGGUAGGGGGCGAAUCGCUGUACCCUACGACUCCUAUUGGGUGGAGGACAACACCAUGGAGGCAACUCUGAUGCUGCAGGAACUGGAUGCCGAGCUGAAUUUCAAGAAAUCAAAUUCGGGCAGCGCCAAUGUGCGACGCAUUCUGGAGGAGAUCGGGGAUCAUUAUGAGAAAAGUGGCAACCUGCAGAUGGCAGUCAAGUUCUACGCUCGAGCCAGGCCCUACUGUACCAGCAGCGACAACGUGAUCAUCAUGUUCCGCAAUCUGAUCAGGGUGUCCAUUUACAUGGAGAACUGGUGGCACGUACUGACCUACGUCGACGAGGCCAAACAGUAUGCCUUUGGCUUCGAGAACCUGGCACGGGAUGUUCCGGCUCGCUUAAGCUGUGCCGCCGGCUUGGCCAAUAUGGGCCUUAAGAUCUACAAGUCCGCCGCCCAGUAUUUCCUGAACACUCCAUUCGGGCGCUAUGACUACGACAAAAUCGUGGCCCCCGAGGAUGUGGGCUACUGUGCCGGACUCUGCGCCCUAGCCACUUUCGAUCGGGAGAAAUUACAGCUGCGCGCCAUCAACUCCGAGCCGUUUAAGCCCUUUUUCCAACUCUCGCCAAAGAUGUGGACCAUUUUGGCCAAGUUCUGCGAGGGCCAGUUUGACAUUUGUGCGCAACUUCUGCGCGAAAUCGAGGCUCAUGUCCGUCUGGAUGUCUAUCUGUCGCCCCAUGUGGACACGCUAUACGAUAUGAUCAUGGGCAGACUGCUGAAGAAGAGGGACAGGAAAAUAAUGACAGACUCUGUGAAAAGGUAUACGUCGUGAUUAUUUAUUAAGAAAUACUCAAACUUACAAUCUAUUUACUCCAUUUGAGACCGA